CGCAAAAAAUGGACACCAGAGCCGAGUUCAAGAUUGGACGAUGAUGUGACAAUAUCAAAAUGGUCCGGUGACCAGUCCAGCUCUUAUUCAACCCGACGGAGACUGAAUAAACGAGCACUUAUAAUCAUCGUGUCGUUAGUGGCUGUUGUGUUGAUUGUUGCUGCCGUCGUGCCGACUGUAAUACUAACACAACACAAAGAUAAAGAAGGAGAGGUUUACUUGCAAUAUGAGUACCAAGCUACCAUAAAGAAUAGAAACUAUGACUCCAGUAUGGCGGACCCGAACUCCGAAGAGUUCAAGGACGUUGAAAACGAAUUUUGUUCUCAGCUAAAUGAAAAUGCUAGGGACUCGGGCGUAGCAAAAGGUUUCAACUACCAUGGGUGUGCGGUGACAGAAAUCAAGAGCGGAAGUUUAAUUAUCAGGUAUGUGAUAAUAAUCAGAACAGUCAAUGCAGCGCCAUCUGCAGCAGAAGUAAGCGCUGUCAUUAAUAUACAGAUAGAUGUGGAUGAGCAGACGGUCGGUGUCUUUGUCGUCGUAAAUUUCUCAAUAGUAACAGAAACACCUAAAGUUAUCACAUCGGAUCAAAAUCCUGCUAUAAUAGCAAAACAGUUUAAUGAAACGUGCACAGUUGUUAAAAAAGAGCGAUGCGUAACAAGGCAUUCACAAUGCUUAGAUGGAAUGUGUAAAUGUCCUGUCGGCAGAACAUAUAACACAACAUCCGACUCAUGCACUACAAUUGACUGUGGUAAUGAAUAUGCGAUUGCAAAUGGAAAUGCGACAUCAAACGGAACUCAGUACAACUCCUUUUUAAACAUCUCGUGUGAUGACGGAUUUGAACUUUCAACAAACGAAACAGGAAUAUUAUGUACGUCACCGAGUUCGUGGACGGACCUGCCUAUAUGCAUGCCUGUUGAAUGUCCAGAAUUCAUAAAACCAGCGAAUUCCGAAAUAGAUUCAAACAGUUCCGGUCGCAUUUACAGGGAUGUGAUAAAAAUUACUUGUGACACGGGCUACCAGUUUGAUGGUAAUUUAUCCUCGGUCGAAUGCUUCGCCAACCAAUCUUGGAGUGAGUCACCUGUAUGCCAAAUAGUAACCUGUCAAACGUUUGAAACACCCGAUAAUGCAGCUAUUACUCCAGACUUGCAACAAUUUGAUUAUGACGCAAACGUUUCUGUUCUUUGUAAUAUCGGCUUUGACAUUCAAGGUGAAAAUAAUGUUACAUGUCUUGCGAAUGGAACAUGGACCGAUAUACCGAAAUGUGUCACAUUGGAGUGUGAUCAUCUUGCAAUAGCAAAUGCUACGUUUGAACCAACUAACCAGCCAUAUCAGUAUUUAGACAACGUUACCGUCAAUUGUAACGAUGGUUACAUACUUGAAGGUAACAAUACAAUAACAUGUACAACAAAUGGGUCAUGGUCCGAACUACCCACAUGUAUGCCAAUAAACUGUGAUCAUCUUGAAUUAACAAGUGCCAUCUUUGAGCCGAGUGAACAACCUUACCAGUAUUUAGACAACAUAACUGUCGAUUGCAACGAUGGUUACACGCUCGAAGGUAACAAUACGGUAAGUUGUACGAUGAAUGGGACAUGGUCCGGACUACCUGCAUGUACCCCAAUAGAUUGUGAUCUUCUUAAUAUUACCGAUGCCAUAUUUGAGCCUAGUGUGCAACCGUACACGUAUUUAGAUAAUGUCACUGUAGAUUGUACGGAUGGUUACAUACUUGAGGGUAGCAAAACAGUUAGUUGUAAAUCAAAUGGGACAUGGUCCGAACUACCGACAUGUAUGCCAAUGAACUGUGAUCCUCUUGAAAUAACAAAUGCUUUCUUUGAGCCGAGUGAACAGCCUUACCAGUAUUUAGACAACAUUACUGUCGAUUGCAACGAUGGUUUCACGCUUGAAGGUAACAAUACGGUAAGUUGUAUGACGAAUGGGACAUGGUCCGGACUUCCAGCAUGUACCCCAAUAGAUUGCGAUCUUCUUAAUAUUGCCGAUGCCAUAUUUGAGCCUAGUGUGCAACCGUACAAGUAUUUAGAUAAUGUCACUGUAGAUUGUACGGAUGGUUACAUACUUGAGGGUAGCAACACAGUUAGUUGUAAAGCAAAUGGGACAUGGUCCGAAUUACCGACAUGUAUACAAAUAAACUGUGAUCCUCUUGAAAUAACCAAUGCUUUCUUUUCACCAAAUAAAAGUCAGUUCUUAUACGGAGAAAAUGUAACGGUAGGCUGCGAAUUGGGCUUUCAGAUUCAGGGUACAAACGUUUUAAGCUGUCAGACAGACGGAUCUUGGAAGGAAGCACCAACAUGUGAUGCUAUUGUUUGCAAACUUUUUAAUCUUUCGGAAAACAUAAAAAUCAUUAGCGAGGAUAAGUCAAUAUAUUCCUAUAAUGAACAUGUGACUUUGGACUGUGAAAACGGGUAUGUUAUAAAUGGAAAUGCAACGGUUAAAUGUCAAGGAGAUGCAUCUUGGGCAGAGCUUCCAACAUGCAGAGCAAUAAAUUGCAGCGAUUUUGAACUGCCGUCAAUGGCAAUAAAUAAUUCAAAACUAAAUGACCUUACCUUUGAUGAUUCUGUUUACAUAACAUGUGAAAGCGGAUUUGUUCUUGUUGGUGACAGUAAUAUAACCUGUAAAGCAGAUGGUACAUGGCCAACAAUUGCCUGUGUUGAAGCAAAUUGUUCGGCUGAAGAUUUUUCCAAGCCUAAUAACAGCAGAGUUUCAACAACGUCAGAAAGUGGAACAGUUUUUGAGUUCGAAUGUGUUGAAGGAUACAAUUUGGAAGGAAAUUCCUCUGUGUCUUGUAUUUCUGGAAAUUGGAGCAGUUUUCCAAGUUGUGAACUUGUAGAUUGUGGAUCAUAUGGUUUGGUAGACAAUGGAAAUGUUUCUCCAGGUACUGGGACAAAAUAUGAUGAUACAGUGGAUAUAGCAUGUUUAGAAAAUUUCAAAUUAAUUGGAAAAAGUCAAGGCAUUUGUUUACAAAAUGGAUCAUGGACUGAAAAGCCCGUUUGCAUGCGACUGGAAUGUCAGAAGUUUAUAGUACCUGAAAAUGCAAUAAUCCCAGAAAACAUAAAUGAAACGGCUGUAGGAACUAACAUUUCGUUGGUUUGUAUAGGUGGUUACGAUCUUGUCGGAGCAGAAAUAGUAAUGUGUAAAGGUAACGAAACUUGGAGCGAAAUUCCAGAUUGUAAAUUGAAAGACUGUGGUCCACCAAACAAUAUAAACAAUAGUAAACUGACUGGAUUAGAUAAAACUACCUUUAACAGCACCUUCACUGUAGAGUGUGAAGACGGAUAUAAUUUGAAAGGAGAAUCAAUAUUACAAUGCCAGAUAAAUGGAAGUUGGACGAAGUAUCCAUCAUGUGAAAUUAAAGAUUGUGGCGAAAUUGGCGAACUUGGUAACGGUACUAUCGUCAAACAGACAGGAACUUUAUUUGGAAGUACAGCACAUGCUAUAUGCAAUGACGGAUAUGGUCUCGUUGGAAAAGAAAAUUUAACGUGCACGGCAAAUGGGGAAUGGGACGUGUUGCCAAUAUGUAUUAAAUCAGAAUGUGGAGUGUAUACCCCACCAGACAAUGCAAUACCGGUAUUCGGUUCUGACUAUAAUAUUUCUUGUAAAGAAGGAUAUGAACUGAUUGGUGAGGCAACAAUUGAAUGUUUGAAUGGUAAUUGGAGUGGAAACGGAACUUGCAAAAGAAUACAGUGUAAAACUCUACCACAGAUUGACAAUGCAGAUGUUGAACC